AACAGCAACGAACUGACGAUAAGAUCGGUAAAUAUUUUGGAAAAAACAACAUGCCAAAAAAUACCUACAUGCCUCUGGGUAUAUAAACGCAUCCCUACCGCAUUAGUGGUACAGUGAGCUGCCCACAAUGGAGUUUCACGGACUUGUUCUGCUAGCUUUUGGCACUUUCCUAGUUGCAGGCAGCAAUGACUUUCGGUCUGACUACGAGUUUCAUUCUGCAGCUAAUGGAUGGUUCAAGUUUCAAAAAAUACCAGCCAAGUGGCACGAUGCGCGACUUCGGUGCAAUUUGGAAGGUGCAGUUCUAGCGUCACCUAUUAACGUGGACGUGAGUGAUGUGAUUCACAGCAUUAUCAGCGGACACAAACACGUAUUCUCCUCCGGGGUGUACACCGGCGUCCACAAUACUAUAACACCCACCGAGUACACCAGCGUGGAAGAAGUGCCUUUAUGUUCAAUGCCGGUUGGAAAGUAUAAAAAUAUAUUCCCCGAGGGCUACAGCGGCACUUCAAGCUGCAUGCGUCUGCUGCCUCAGGUGGGACUGGUCGCGGGCAGCUGCACCGACGCACUGCCCUACAUCUGCUACAAGAAGAAGACCGAAGAGCUCGUCAUCACCGAGUGCGGGACCAUCGACACAGGUUAUAGACUUGACAACAGAACCGGGCACUGCUACAAGUACCACCGCUAUUCGCAGCCGUGGGCGGGAGCUUACCUGACGUGCGCGGCGGAGGGCGGCCACCUCGCCAUCAUCAACAGCGCCGCGGAGGCUCAAGUGAUCAGAGAACUGAUCGCCAGCGUCCCGAACGAAGCAAUCUUCGGAGGAAGUAAAGGAGGAACAGCUCUUGGCUUUCACGAUUGGAAUGAAAAGGGAAUUUGGAGAACAAUCCACGGACAAACUCUCGUAGAAGCCGGGUAUGAGGACUGGAGCCCUGGACAGCCCGAUAACUUCUUAGGCAGCGGUACAGUAGGGCAGCACUGCGGCAGUAUAUUCCGCGGCGGGUCACGCCAGUUCGAUGACAUACAGUGCAGCCUUCAGGUGCCCUUCAUAUGCGAGAAAGACCCAGCAACUCUGCGCCCGAUACCGCAGUCUUGUAAUACACAGUACGAGUAUUGAAAAUCUACAAAAAAUAUUGUUCCAAAACACUGCCCCACUGCUGGGCAUGGUCCUCAGGAAAACCAUAAGUUUCCAAAUUUGUAAUUUUAUAAAAAAAAACGUAAAAUAAAAGAUUUUUGAAGUAGUAUAAAAA